AUGCAGCAGAUACCAGUGUCGAGCUGUCAGUCAAGUGGUGAUGUUCGUGGGAACCCUAAGGUUCCCCCGUCGUCCCCCGUCGUCCACCGUCGUCUCCCGUCGUCCCCCGUCGUCCACAGCCGUCCACCGUCGUCCACCGUCGUCCCCCGUCGUCCACCGCCGUCCACCGUCGUCUCCAGUCGUCCCCCGUCGUCCACAGCCGUCCACCGUCGUCCCCCGUCGUCCACCGCCGUCCACCGUCGUCCCCCGUCGUCCCCCCGUCGUCCACCGCCUUCCACCGUCGUCCAUCGUCGUCCACCGUCGUCCCUCGUCGUCCACCGCCUUCCACCGUCGUCCACCGUCAUCCACCGUCGUCCACCGUCGUCCACCGUCGUCCGCCGUCAUCCACCGUCGUCCACCGUCGUCCGAAGUCGUCCACCGUCAUCCACCGUCGUCCACCUCGUCCACCGUCAUCCACCGUCGUCCACCGUCGUCCGCCGUCGUCCACCGUCAUCCACCGUCGUCCACCGUCGUCCACCGUCGUCCACCGUCGUCCGAAGUCGUCCACCGUCAUCCACCGUCAUCCACCGUCGUCCCCCGUCGUCCACCGUCAUCCACCGUCGUCCACCGUCGUCCACCGUCGUCCGCCGUCGUCCGAAGUCGUCCACCGUCAUCCACCGUCGUCCACCGUCAUCCACCGUCGUCCGCCGUCGUCCACCGUCAUCCACCGUCGUCCACCGUCGUCCACCGUCGUCCGCCGUCGUCCGAAGUCGUCCACCGUCAUCCACUAUCGUCCGUCGUCAUCCACCGUCGUCCACCGUCGUCCACCGUCGUCCACCGUUAUCCACCGUCGUCCGCCGUCGUCCACCGUCAUCCACCGUCGUCCACCGUCAUCCACUAUCGUCCGUCGUCGUCUACCGUCGUCCACCGUCAUCCACCGUCAUCCACCGUCGUCCACCGUCAUCCACCGUCGUCCACUGUCAUCCACCGUCAUCCACCGUCAUCCACCGUCGUCCACCUGCACGAGUGCCCCAACAGUGCACGAGUGCAGCAACAGAGAGCACGAGUGCAGCACCAGAGAGCACGAGUGCACCAACAGAGUGGACGAGUGCAGCAACAGAGAGCACGAGUGCACCAACAGAGAGCACGAGUGCAGCACCAGAGAGCACGCGUGCACCAUCAGAGAGCACGAGUGCAGCACCAGAGAGCACGAGUGCACCAACAGAGAGCACGAGUGCACCAACAGAGAGCACGAGUGCACCAACAGUGCAUGAGUGCAGCAACAGAGAGCACGAGUGCAGCAACAGUGCACGAGUGCAGCAACAGAGAGCACGAGUGCAGCAACAGUGCACGAGUGCAGCAGCAGAGAGCACGAGUGCACCAACAGAGAGCACGAGUGCACAAACAGAGAGCACGAGUGCACCAACAGAGAGCACGAGUGCACCAACAGUGAAUGAGUGCAGCAACAGAGAGCACGAGUGCAGCAACAGUGCACGAGUGCAGCAACAGAGAGCACGAGUGCAGCAACAGUGCACGAGUGCAGCAGCAGAGAGCACGAGUGCACCAGCAGAGAGCACGAGUGCACCAGCAGAGAGCACGAGUGCACCAGCAGAGAGCACGAGUGCAGCAACAGUGCAUGAGUGCAGCAACAGAGAGCACGAGUGCAGCAACAGUGCACGAGUGCAGCAACAGAGAGCACGAGUGCAGCAACAGUGCACGAGUGCAGCAACAGAGCACGAGUGCACCAGCAGAGAGCACGAGUGCACCAGCAGAGAGCACGAGUGCACCAGCAGAGAGCACGAGUGCAGCAACAGAGAGCACGAGUGCAGCAACAGUGCACGAGUGCAGCAACAGAGAGCACAAAGAGCACGAGUGCACCAACAGAGAGCACGAGUGCACCAGCAGAGAGCAGGAGUGCAGCAACAGAGAGCACGAGUGCAGCAACAGUGCACGAGUGCAGCAACAGAGAGCACAAGUGCACCAACAGUGCACGAGUGCAGCAGCAGAGAGCAUGAGUGCAAUAGCAGAGAGCACGAGUGCACCAACAGAGAGCACGAGUGCACCAACAGAGAACACGAGUGCACCAACAGAGAGCACGAGUGCACCAACAGAGAGCACGAGUGCACCAACAGAGAGCACGAGUGCACCAACAGUGCACGAGUGCAGCAACAGAGAGCACGAGUGCAGCAACAGUGCACGAGUGCAGCAACAGAGAGCACGAGUGCAGCAACAGUGCACGAGUGCAGCAGCAGAGAGCACGAGUGCACCAGCAGAGAGCACGAGUGCACCAGCAGAGAGCACGAGUGCACCAGCAGAGAGCACGAGUGCAGCAACAGUGCAUGA